UUGACAUGGGCUCUUUAUCAACUUCAGUUCAACUUGAAGGCGGAGGCAAGCUGCGUUUAGCAGGAUGUUUAGUUGGGGAGUGCUGUGGUAGCCUGCGUACAAAGAGUGCACGGAGUUAGGCACAAUACAUUCAGCCUGAUUGGCCGUAAUGAGUAUCGGGACCUUGAAAAUGACUGGAAAUGUAUUGAGAAUGGUUCUCACUCUUCUGCUCCUUGCUCCUAUCAGUCAAGGGAUCCAGGGUGUUGAGUUGUUCCAUUAUGAAAAGAUGGAAGCUGUAGUGGGCCAGAAUGUUUCCUUACUCUGCACUUUAAAAAGUGCUACUGAUAACAAGAUUGUCAGCAUUGAAUGGAGUAAGGAAACAAAUAAAACUACAAAGCUGGGUUUGUACAGCCAAUUUUAUGGAAUCCAUGUAUUCUGGCAAAAUAUUACCAUCCAGAUUGAGAAAAACGGUACAGAUGUACUGGGUUCCCAUCUAAUACUUUCUGAUGUGAAGAAAUCGGAUGAAGGCAUCUAUGUUUGUGACAUGGCCACCUUUCCUGAUGGAUCCAAAAAGGUUAAAACACAGCUAAUAAUCAAAGGGAUCCAGGGUGUUGAGUUGUUCCAUUAUGAAAAGAUGGAAGCUGUAGUGGGCCAGAAUGUUUCCUUACCCUGCACUUUAAAAAGUGCUACUGAUAACAAGAUUGUCAGCAUUGAAUGGAGUAAGGAAACAAAUAAAACUACAAAGCUGGGUUUGCACAGCCAAUUUUAUGGAUUCCAUCUAUUCUGGCAAAAUAUUACCAUCCAGAUUGAGAAGAACGGUAGAGAUGUACUGGGUUCCCAUCUAAUACUUUCUGAUGUGAAGAAAUCGGAUGAAGGCAUCUAUGUUUGUGACAUGGCCACCUUUCCUGAUGGAUCCAAAAAGGUUAAAACACAGCUAAUAAUCAAAGAUGACAUUAAAAUAACAUGUGAUGUGAAUGGCACUGUUGAAGUCCAAAAUGGAGAAAAUGUGAAAAUUCGCUGCACAUCAUUUCCAAACGCACAGUACAGAUGGACCAAGAAUGAUGAACUGUUGUCAGAGACUGAAUCUCUGGAGCUCUGGUGGGUGACUGAUGCUAAUGCAGGGAUUUAUACACUGACUGUCAACACAGGAAGCAAACGUGUGCGCAAAGAGUUUGUGGUCACAGUGCAACCACAAGUUUGAAGACAGGAUGGAUCUACCACCUCCUUUCAAUCUCCCUCCAGCUUUAGUCAAGUAUACAGCUGCAAGGUAGAGCAAGACUACAACAGAGCCUUUCCCCAUCUUUGACACAGAUUCAAAUAUGAAAUAUGUCAGUUCAUUAGCUGAAAAGUGAAGUAAUAGUAGAGUAGGGUUUAAAUCAUGUCUUCUCUACUAAUUAGAAACCAGUACAAACCAGAAGUUUUGCAAAUGUAGCUCUGUCUAAAGGUGUUUUCAGGAUUUUUUUUUUUUUUUUUGGUUGAGGUGGCAAUUGUUGAUUUAUUUUUGUGUAUACAGCUUUGCAGUUGUAGCUGUUGAUGAUUUCAAUUACUUUUAAUUUUAAUAUAUUUCUCAGUACCUUGAGCUAUAAACCAACAAUUAAAUAAAAUACAAGUACAUAAAACCUGAGUAAAUAAUCCUGUAUACGCUCUGAUCCAAUUUCCACAAUUGUUCUUUUUUUUAAUUAUUAUUAUAAUUUGUAUUUCUGAUUUACUAAGUUUUACAGACCAAUAAACCACAAAUGCUACAUUUCUGCAACAUAUAAAUUCUUCAUAUAGAAACAUUACGUGGACAAAAGUAUUGGGUUACAUCACUUAAUCUCUAAUUCAGGUGUUUUCAGUCCCAUUGCCACAGGUCAGUGGUGGAACUGAAAAAUUUUAUGUGGGGCAAGAUGUCUAGGCAGAGUGGCACAUACCUCUUUAGAGUAGUAUGUGAAAACCCCCCACAUGGAGUCAACAAAAUAUCCACAAAAACACUUUAAAAUUAUUUAUUAUAUAAUUAUCUCUUCUGAGAAAACAAAGGCUACAAGAGGCUUUUGGACAAACAAGCAAUUAGCUUUGCAACUAUUUUAGCCAUAGUAUUUUAGGUCUGAUGUUUGUGCCAUUUUUGUAAAUACGUGUAAGCAAUAAAUGAUCAAAAACCAGGAA